AUGCUGACCGCUGUCUUUGCCACGCAGUCAAUCGGUACGGUUUUGGCCUUCGCUGUCAACCUCGGAGGAUUACACAACACUAACAGUGCCUGGGCUCUUUCUAUCGACAAAGAGGUCCCGAACUCGAAACUCGUAGUCGACCAGGUCUGGCGUUGGACAAUCGGAGUUGGUGUUCUUCCUGCUUCAUUUGCCAUUCUCUUCCGGCUGACCAUCCCUGAGACGCCACAGUACUAUGCAGGUAUAAUGAAAGACCUGGGGAAGGCAAUUCAUAAUCUUCUCAAAGUCUACCGCAAUAGGACCGUCGACGAACAUGAUGUUGUUACUACGGUGGAUGCAUCUACUAGCGUGGCCGACAAGAACGAAGCCGAUCGCUGGUAUCGUGGUACGUGGAACUACCUCAAAGGGCCUGGAAAGCCAUGGAAACGCCUCCUGCCAAUCUCAUUCCUUUGGGGUAUUAUGGAUAUCGUGUGGUACGGUUUAUCUGAGGGCAGCCCGAGCCUUCUAUCAACGCUUGCUCAUGGGGCAGGUCAAAAUUUGGCGGCUAUCGACCUCUAUCACCUAAACCAGAGACGCGACGGCUAUUGCCCUAGCGAGGACGAUAACAAUUGA